AUAGCCCCAAACAGCAUGCAACACUUGACUCAGGCAAUUCUUCUCCAUCUCUUUUCAGACCUGGAAAAACAAUUAAGAGCACAGGAUAAAGAAAACAGAAAACUUGAGAUCGCCAAUAGAGACUUAAAGCAGCAAACGGUGGAGCUGGAAACGUGCUGCAACGCCAACACCCACUGUGAAGACGUGCAGAGGCAGCUGCAGCAGAGCCAGGAGGAUGCGGAUCGUCUCCAUCAGCAGCUGCAGGAGAAGGACGCCGCCCUGAGAAAGCUGCAGCGCGACUUCGAGCAACAGCAGCGGGAGAAGGAGCGGCUGCAGGAAGACUACAACAACGUCGUGGCUAAACUGACCAACGUGGAAGACAGGACCAUCUAUAACACAAAGAUCACCUGGGAUCCAAACACGGCACAUCCCAGAUUAGUUUUCUUUAACGACAACACCGAGGUAUCCACCACCAAUGACGUACCCCCGUUCCAGGACAACCCCGGCAGGUUCGACGUUGUUCUCGGCGUUCUGGGCUCGAACGGCUUCUCGAGAGGCCGCCAUUACUGGGAGGUGUCUGUAGCUGAUAAACGUUGCUACCACAUCGGGAUGGUCAGCGAAUCGGCCAAGAGAAAAGGAUCGUUGUCCUUCAGGCCCGCGAAGGGUUUCUGGACCAUUGUCCUGAACAAACAGAAUGAGCUCAAAGCGAUUGACAGGACGUCGGUAACCCUUCAGGUUGAGAGGCUGCCCAUUACUCUGGGCAUCCUGUUGGACUACAACAAGGGACAGGUGUCCUUCUACGACUCUGGUGCCAGAUCUCAUCUGUACUCGUUCUCAGGUCAAGAGUUUACCGACAGAAUCUUCCCGUUUCUCAACUACUGCGUUGAGGAUGUCGAAAAUCCUCAGCCAAUAGUUUUACUGCCUCCAGGAUCAACUGACUGGAUUAAUUAAACAACACAAUAAGUCUGGUUUUGGCACAUUUGUCCAAAAGUUACAUGAUUUAAUAAUCAAAUAUUUUAUUGUCUUUAUGAAUGAUUUUGAUUCAAUAAAUCAACAAACUUAAAAGUGUGUAUUGACUUGACUGUCAUUUUCUAGGUGUAAUAAACAUCAAGUGCAA